UGGCAUGCCGUGUGUACACUGAUUGCUGUGUACAUAAUGUAUGUACACAAAAGUGCACACACGUUGCGAAUGCUGAAUGCGUAGCAUACAGCUGAUCAACCGAUCUGAUCGGGGAAAAUUGCGGUGUAAUAACGCAGUACAGGAAAGUUUAGGUCGAUCGCAACUUUGUUGUCAAGCUGCCGACAGGAGGGGACUUGAAUGUCUUGCACAGAGGCCUUGAGACUGAGAUUACUGCUUGUGUGAGGAAAAGAGGAACUACAGGCGUGCAAUCAUUCGGUAGAACCUUCAGUGAUUCCGGACUUUGAGAAUUCCAGAUCCAUCUUGCCCAAGGUCUUUCCUGGCGCUCUGCUGGAGCCCGGACAUCAAGCGAGAUUUGUGAAGUGACUGCACGGGGCUGGUGUGCCGUCGUUGCCCGGGGAUCGUUUAACAGCGAACGCGGCAUGUUUUGUGGGGCCGGCGAUGGGGCAACGAGGUCGUUGCUCAGGAGGUUUUGUGUGGUGGUCGUCCUGUUAUGCGUGUGGUCUACACACGAUGCGGCCAGCCAAGGUAAUGUCACUCCCACCAGCAGUACUGCAGUGCCACUCAGGACGGCCCCAGCAGACGGCAUACCAGAAAUCAAGGUCGACGAGCCUAUGAACAAUGAGACAGUCUCGGUGGGAGACAAAGUCACACUCCUGUGCCGCAUCCGGGGAUCCCCCCAGCCCACGUACUGGUGGUACCACAAAGAUGCGUACAUGAUGGACGAUGUGGGUCGUGUGACUAUACGGACUUACCCCUGGGGUUCUAAACUCAUGAUCAAGAACGUGGACACGCUGGAUGCAGGAUAUUAUAAAUGCAUUGCGCAGAAUGAAGCAGGGUCCAAAGAGACAGUCGGUCUGGUUUCUAUAUUACCCGGACCAUUUAGCGAAGGAAGUGAUAGUGACUACAGUGUCAACCUGGACAAUGCUCGAUGUGAGCCCUACCGCGGUUCGGUCUGCCGUCGCCACAUCACCAGCAGCAGCGUCUACAUGCCGAUGGAUGCUAGUCAAGAGGAGACGGAGCAAGAGCUGCAGGCCGCCCUGACCCGGCUGGAGUCCCUGCCCAGCUUGACUGAGGCCUGCAGCCGCUAUAUCCUGCCCUCCAUUUGCCUGACCGCCUUCCCACUCUGCGCCGAGACGGCCCCGGCCGAGCUCUCAGUCCACCGGCUGUGCCGGGACGAGUGCCAGCUCCUGGAGACGGACAUCUGCGCCCCGCUCUAUGACCACGUGGACUCCCAGGUGGAGCUGGACCUGGUGGGCGUGCUGCCAGUGUGCUCGGACCUGCCGCGGCUGGGCAGCCCCGACAGUCAGAUGUGCAUGAGGCUGGGCAUGUCCAACUCAGGAGAUGCUACAGUAUCACCAUUCCAAAGACCAAGCGGGGACUACAUUAGCCUGGAGCGGGACAUGAACAACCAGACAGAGCUGCGCACGGGUGACCGUGCUGUCCUCCGCUGUCGCAUUACCGGCGUGCCCGAGCCACGCUACACCUGGUACAAGAACGAUGUGCCGAUAUCUGAGCGAGGGAACCGACGGAUCACUAUCAGGACAUAUGACUGGGGAUCCAAACUUUCCAUCAGAAAUGUGGACACCACAGACACAGGAUACUACUUAUGUGUUGGGGACAAUCGAGCAGGCCGGCGAGAAACAACCGGAAUUUUACUUGCAAAAAGAGGAGAUCCACCACGCACUCUUGGCCCAGGCAUAUCUGUGCCAACAACUGGUUACUGCCAGCCCUACCGCGGCAUGACCUGCUCCAACUUCAUCGGCAACAACAGCAUCUACGUGACGGACUACCAGGCGCAGGGGGAGGUGGAGAAGCAGCUGACCAGUGCCUUCCUGGUCAUCAUGCACGACCUAAGCGACCGCUGCCAGCAGUUUGCUAUCCCCUCCCUCUGCUACUUCGCUUUCCCAUUCUGUGAUGCCGAGGCUGCCCAGCCCCGGGGCCGGGAGCUGUGCCGGGACGAGUGUGAGAUCCUGGAGCUGGACCUGUGCCAACAGGAGUAUGCCAUUGCCAAGGAGUACCCCGGGGUGACCCUGCCGGACUGCCGGAGGCUGCCACGGAUCGGGACUAAGGAGAGCGAGAACUGUAUACGUAUUGGUAUCCCUUCUGUCAAGGCAGUCAGUGAUGUGAAAUGCUACAACGGUUCAGGCAUCUUCUAUCGGGGCAAAGUCAACCACACCAAGUCUGGAUAUGAGUGCCAACCAUGGGAAAAACAAGAGCCUCAUUCACAUUACCUGCUACCUGCUGAGUAUCCGGAGCUGGCAGGGGGUCACAAUUACUGCCGCAACCCUGACAAUGGGCUGGACAAGCCCUGGUGUUUCACCAUGAACCCUGACGUCCGAGCUGAGAAGUGUGACAUCCCCGACUGUGACGACCCGCUUCAGGAACCCACCAAUAAGCCAGAGGUGUUGUACAUAGUGGUCCCGGCUAUCGCCGUGCUGUUGUUUAUCGCUGUCAUCUUGGGCUGCGUGAUCAUGUGGCUGAGGCAACAGAGAACGCAGCGCUAUGCCAACAACAAAGGGCUAAACAACAGGCCGGCUGAGAUGGUGGCGUUGCAGCAAAAACAACAGGUCCGUGACUUUCCAUUGGCUGCCAUCAAGUUUCAGGAGGUUCUUGGGGAGGGUACAUUUGGCAAAGUUUACAAGGGGGAGCUGAUGGGGUUGGAGCACCAGUAUAGUGUCAACUCGGUCACAAUCAAAACCCUCAAGGAAAACUCUGCGGCCAAGAUGGAGCAGGACUUCAACCGGGAGGCCGAAGUCAUGGCCUCCUUGCGCCACCCUAACAUCAUCUCACUGCUCGGUGUGUGCACGACGGAGCAACCCCAUUGCAUGCUGUUUGAGUUUAUGCCGCACGGUGACUUGCAUGAGUUCCUCGUCCGCCAUUCCCCCAACUCGGACAUUGGCUUCGGCAGCGGGGACGACGAAACGCAGUCCUCACUGGACCAGUCGGAUUUCCUGUCCAUCGCCAUUCAGAUCGCCUCGGGGAUGGAGUACCUCUCCAGCCGGCUGUUUGUGCACCGUGACCUGGCGGCGCGCAACUGCAUGGUAGGUGAUAACCUGCAGAUCAAAAUUGCCGACUUUGGGCUGUCACGCGACAUCUAUUCGGCGGACUACUACCACAUGCAGGCACAGGUGCUUCUACCCAUCCGCUGGAUGGCUCCCGAGGCGGUCAUGUUUGGUCGCUUCUCAGUGGAGAGUGACAUCUGGUCAUUUGGGGUUGUCUUAUGGGAGAUUUACUCCUACGGCUUACAGCCAUUUUAUGGUUAUAACAAUCAGGAGGUUAUAGAAAUGAUCCGCACCAGGCACAUACUGCCUUGCCCCAGUGGCUGCCCCCCACACAUGUACGUACUCAUGACAGAGUGCUGGAAUGAGGCCCCCAAUCUUCGGCCAAAUUUCAAGGCCAUCAAUGCCCGGUUGCGCUCGUGGGAAGCACUACCAACCACCAACCACCAAAACGGUAACCUGUACACUAACCCUACUGUCAAUUUCAACCCCAUGUGCGGCCCCAUCUCUCCGACACAAACCCACAGCAGUUCGGGGGUCAAAAGCCAGUUGUCUUCGCAUCACAGUCGCUCCACGCACAGCAAGGGUUCCCACGGUGACAGGGCCGCGGGGUCGUCAGAGAAGGCCAUGUCGGAGAGCUCAGCUACAACGGGAGGCACGCAUUCGACAAAGGGUAAGAAGGACAGAAUGGAACAGACAGCUGUUUGAGAGGGAUGUUUUUAUUUAAUGCUUCGUAUGUACAUUGUAGCUAAGAUCACCAACAGGGCCGUUCAAAAAGUGGCCAGCUCCACACUAAAGAGUCGCUCUUCGCACAGUGGUAAUUCAUGUAAUCAACUAUUGAUGGUGACGUGAUCAGCACGUCUUUGGAACUGUAAUGAGGUGCUUGUCUGCCUGUGCAAUCCACGUGAUUUCUGCUAUCGUCAAACAUCACAGUCCAAUGUCACAACGCUGCUUUAUAUUAACAGAGGCUUCAUGUAUUUCAUGGAGAUUGGAAGCAGUAGGCACUGCAAAAGGUGCGCUUACCUUAGUGAGGUAACAAUGGAAAUCUCCAUGCACGUGUUUGUUGGCGUUUCAAAUGAUCAAUUUCACAUUACUCAUGGAUCCAUUUCUGUGAUCUCUGUGAAACUCUGUGAAAUUCUUCAAUGUCAUCAAGCAUGUUAACCCAGGUGUGCGAAUAUACAUGUAGGUUACUAGGAGUUGUGCAAUUUUGUGAGCUUGCAACAAACAUGAUGAAGUUACUUUUUUAAUAACGGGUUUUGCCCACAUCAACAAUCAUAAGAGUGUAUGCUCAGUGAUUGUCAGAGUGCUCGCACAAACAAUCACAAGCCUACUCGGGUGGGACUCGAACCCAUGACCUCCUUCUUACUAGUACAGACAUCUUACUUGAGGCAAGGCAUUCUUGCACACCUAGGAUCACCUUAGGGAGGCAAGCUAAAAGCAGGCAGUACUUGGUUCGGAACACCCCCCCAUAGAUAUGCAUUGUGCACAGUUUAAGGACAAAUCUGAUCGACAAAAUCCAAUUUCCAAACAAAUAUUGUGCUUCCACAUGAUACAACCUGACAAGCCACCUCUACAUGUAUGUCUGCAAACUUCCAAUAUAAAAAUGAAAAACUCUUGCUCCACUAAAAUAAGCUCCAUGUUGAACUUUGCCUCAUGGUAUUGUUUGUUAUGGGCAACAGAGACUCUUUCACAAGUUAUCCAGUCUGGUCACAAGUUCAGUCACAAGGAAUGCAGGAACAGUUGCCAGUAUACAGGGUCCAUGAUGGCAAAACUUUUGUCAGUUCAUCUGAAUAGCUCCAGGCUUGAUAUGAAACUGGAUAACUUGUGAAUGCGAUGGACUUAGAGUGACUUAAAAAUGACCAAAGGUUGACUUGACUAUAACACUAGUAGUGUUUAUGGUCCUCCAUUGCUAUGCUGAACAUCUUUGGCCAUGGUGUAGUUUUUUGUAGUAGAAGGAAAAGCAGUAAGUACAGCAUGACAAGCUCUUUGCCAUUCAAAUGGCAGAAUCUAUGGGUUAAGUGUCACAAAAGAUAGCGUCAUCUGAAAAGCUACAAGAUGUCUUUGUUCAAUUACUAAAGGCUUGAGAAUGUAUGAUACAUGUACUUGACAUGAAGUGAAAAUUGUAUCUAAGCACAUGCCAACACAGUGUACUGUGGCUAAACUUUAAUGUUAGUGUUAUUUAUUAACAAUUGUACAUAAUGAACAGUCAGUGAGUUGUUUGUCCCAGCUGCUCAUCACGUAGAUAAAAUGUAAAAAAAAACUGUAAUGAACGAUAUGCAAUCUAACGUGUACUCAUUCAAGUGUAGUUGUUAUUUUUCUCUAAGUUUUAUGUAUAUUUUUUACGCGCGUUUUCAACAAGCUUGUAUAGAUUUUUCGUAUUUCUGCUGUUUCCUUGUUUAAUUUUUUCCCCUGCAGUUCUGCAUUUAGUUUACUCCAGAUGGUGGAGAUACAGGUUCUUCAAACCAAACUGAAGUAAAUACUUUUUCUUUUUUUCAUUUCCAGUAUUAAAAGGCUGAAAUAUUCAUUGCCGUCAGCUGUGGCGUUUCCCUCAGUGUUGCUUUUUUUGUUACAGUCUCUCUGUUUAGCAACCUGUCAUUUGCAAGUUUUUAUGAUAAAGAGUUUUUACCUUGAUACCCACUGGAGAUGAUCAGAAAGAGUCACAUCCUAGUCAUAGGCCUGAGCUUGGUGCUGAGAAAGGUAUACAAAUCCAGAUGUAAUGUCACUGUACAUGAGACCACUUUCUUGCAAUGCUGUUUUGAUGAGCCACUGAUUUUUGUAACUCAGUUGGAGUAAAGUCAUUGGUGCGAGAGUGGCUUAAGUUGAGUUGCAUUGUUACAUGUAGGUCAAGAAACAUAGUUAAGGUUCAGUUGAAUCAGAUGUAUGCUUGUGUCACUAAUACUUGAAUAUUAUCCAAUAAAUUAACAUCAGAGAGGUAGGGACUGGGCUUAUAUUUAGUAGUUAUUUGUUUGUACUUCUUUACAUUUCCAUCCUGGCAUUUACAUGUAGUCAAACUACACUGAACACUUAAAAAGAGUUUUGAAUUUACAUUUAGCUGUGUUCGUCUUAUCGAGCCACUUUUUCAAGUCCAUUCAAGUCAUUUUUUUCACAGUGCGCUGAGUUGUGUCAUUUGCUCACAGUUAAUACAAGUUGAGUCAAGCCCUUAUUCUUGCAUUGACUCAGUUGCCAAAAUUUGUUGCUGGAGUGGGACUUAACUGUUGACUCAAGCCAUUAGAAGUUUGCUCAUAAUUGCGGAAGGAUUUUGCCAGCUGUUGAUGGUUUUUCCAAGUAGGAACUAGCACAAUGCUCUGCCACUUUUAGGGGCCUUUCUGAGGGUACGGUGGUCACGGGGCUGGAUAUGUCAGUGCUUUUUUGGCUUAAGCAGUUUAUUGUCACUAAAUUUUGAGAAAGAAGAAACUGUGACUCCUUUGUUCCUUGCCUUGGGUAUCAAGGUGAAAUGUGUUUCGUUUUUAUUGUAAGAGGAUCUUUCAUUUCAUCUCUCCUUAUUUCUUCAGCAUUUACACUACAAAAGGUGAAUUAUUUUGAGAGUAAGCCUUUUGCUUAAAUAAUCUGUUAAGUUUUUAGUGUAUAAUUCUGUAAAAGUAAAAGUUCAAUCUAAGAGCUGACCCUUAAGGAAGUGUGUGGCCUUGCAGUUUUUUGCCUUGUUUAAUAAGUGACUGUACUGAUUGUUUCCAUUUUGACAGCCACAAAAUUAGUCUAAUCAGUUGUAGAAAUUGUCAACAGUAGUAGUCCUUUGACCCUUGGGUCAUUUAGAACAGAGGUCUGACUUAGGGUGCGUGCCUUACAAUCGCUGCUCAUGUCAUUUUUGUAUCAGUUCAUCAUUUCGAUAUCUAGAAGAUGGUCCAAAUGUUACAUACAUGUAGGUCAAUGAUUCAGAAGCUACACUGUGUUCUUCUGUUGUGUCUUGACUGUGAAUGUUUUUGGCCAGAUUUGGGUUUCCCAUUUUGGCGCCUUUCAAAUUUAGGUUCUGAUGUAAACGUGCGUGCCACUUUCUGUCUUUUGACCAGAUGCAGAAUUUGCCUCAGUACUUGGAUUGGUGACACUAACAUAAACAAUACUAAAGCGGCUACAUUAUUUGAAUUGAUGUUAAGUAAAAAUAUCACCUAAGUGGCAAAGAUUGUUUCUACUUUGCACAUACCCACAAGUUAAACAAAUGUUAUUGUCCUAACCUCAUCAGAUUCAUUAAAAUUUGCCAGGCAUUUCUGAGAUUUUGUAGGAUUCAUAAGGAGGAAGCCUCUCAAGUGAUACUUCACCUGGGAGUUGAUGCUCCUUAAAACUUUAAGUGUAAAAGGAUGAAUAGUAAAAAUUUGGUUUCCCUCUGAGUAGAGUGUCAUUCUUCUUGAUGAAAAGUCAUGGUGGGAAUACCUUGACAGUUGGGUUAAUGCAAAAAUAAAUCAUGGGCUGCCAAUUCACUGAGUCAUAUCAACCAAGGUUCUAAUAAUGUAGCACGUAGGUUUUCAGCUGCAUAAAAGUUCACUGAGCUUGCCAAAGAUCUCCCAAACAAAUUGAUUAAUAUUAUGACAUUUUUCUCAAACUUCAAGUAUUUAAACUACUUCUCUGAACUGUAUUGUGAUAAAAAGUUGAGGUUUACAAAGAAAAUAACAUAAAUUUGUAGCUUUUUUUUAAAUAAGAGAGCGAGUUGUACGAUGCAGCCCUGUGUUAAUCGUGUUUCUGUUUUCACUGAAGAACCGUGCCAAAUUUUAUAUUUCCCAAACACACACUGUUCCUUGUAAUGUGCACCUGUUUCAAACUCAGUGAUUUAACAGCGGCAGAGUUGAGCUGUAAAUGAGUCAUGCUGCACAUUCACAUCACCGUGCCAAAGCUGCCUUCACGUAUAAAAAUAUGUAAGGGAAAUGAGCAAUGCCUCAGAUUUACCAGAAAAGAAGACAUUUUCGUGCUGUCUAUAGAAAGGCCAUACCAUGGUGUCGUUUCCCGUAGCUCUUUUUAUUCAUUUAAUAGAUUUUGCAAUCCUUUUAAACAUGCACCAAAACUAAGCAACACUGAUGAAUUGAUUGUCCAUAAAAUGAAUUCUUAAGUGUGUAAGCCCUCUAUCUUUCUGUAAAAUACUGCCUUUUAAUCACUCUUCUCAACUAUCCUUUUUCUUUUAAUAGAAUUUGACUUAUUUUAUGUAUGAUGCUGUACAUUUUUAAAUAUACUGAAAAUAUCUAUAGUAUUUAAACUAAUAUCUCACUAGUAAAUUAUUAGAUGCUAGAAUAGCUGGGCAAGGCAUUUUUCUAUUUCAAAGAAACACCAAUUUAUAUUCAAUUUGUUAUUGAAUAACUGUAACUAUUUUGAAGUUGUACAUAUAUUAUUUUGGUUUCCUAAGUGUACAUCGUUUGUGCCCUCUUUUGUGGACUUGCAUAUUUGAACUGAAUUUGAUGUUGCUCAGUACCUAGGUUAUUGUAUUUUUUGAUCUGUACAUGUAUUAGUAAUGUAGCACACAAAUGCGGAUGCAUUUUGUACUGUUUUGUGACAAAAUAUCAGUGAUAAGGAAUAAAUGAACUCACACCAGUGGCCGACAGUGUAACUAGUGUGACGUGA